CCGCUGCUGCCGGAGCCACAGACGCUGCGCAGAGACGCUGCAUGGAUGAGCCAUGGCCACGUUUGUGUGCAGGGUUCAAUUUUUAGACGAUACCGAUCCUUUUAACAGCACAAACUUCCCGGAACCGACCAGACCUCCGCUGUACACCUUCAGAGAGGACAUCCCGCUCAUCAACCAGCUCGCGGGCAUCCACAGACUCCUCAAAGCCCCCCACAAGCUCGACGACUGCGCGCUCCAGCUGUCUCACAAUGGCACCUAUCUGGAUUUGGAGUCGUCCCUGGCCGAGCAGAGAGACGAGUUGGAGGGAUUUCAGCAGGACGACACAGGAUCCAGAGGCAAGAAGCACAGCGUCAUUUUACGCACCCAGCUGACAGUCCGAGUCCACGCUUGCAUCGAAAAGCUGUACAACUCCAAUGGACGAGACUUGAGACGAGCUCUGUUCUCCCUGAAGCAGAUUUUCCAGGACGACAAAGACCUGGUCCAUGAGUUUGUGAUGGCCGAGGGUCUGACAUGUUUGAUCAAAGUGGGAGCGGAGGCCGAUCAGAACUACCAGAACUACAUCCUCAGAGCUCUGGGGCAGAUCAUGCUGUACGUGGACGGGAUGAACGGCGUCAUCGCGCACACGGAGACCAUCGAGUGGCUCUACACGCUGGUCGGGUCGAAGUUUCGUUUAGUGGUGAAGACGGCCCUGAAGCUGCUGCUGGUGUUUGUGGAGUACUCCGAGUCCAACGCCCCUCUGCUCAUAGACUCCAUCACCUCUGUGGACACUCAGAGAGGAAGUAAACCCUGGUCCAACUGUAUGGAGAUUUUACAUGAGAAAGACGGAGUGGACACAGAGCUGCUGGUGUACGCCAUGAGCCUCAUAAACAAGACUCUUGCUGCGUUGCCAGAUCAGGACUCGUUUUACGACAUGGUGGACAGUUUGGAGGAGCAGGGGAUGGAGACCGUGUCCCAGAGGCACUUGGGCCGAAAAGGCACCGACCUGGACUUAGUGGAGCAGCUGAACAUCUAUGAGAUGACUCUCCGCCACGAGGACGGAGACGACGCUCAGCCGCCCCCUGCAGGACGCCGGGACAGACGCAGGCCCAGUUUGGAGGGCGGAGAAAAGAGACACGGUUUACAGAGACGGAGGAGCCGGAGAGCGUCUUUGAACCGAUCCGGACACGACUCCCCGCAGAGAGCCGGCCUGCCCCCGCUCAGUGGACGCAGGACAGAGGACAAGAGCGACAGCUCGGACGCACGGGUUCCGUCUAAAGUCCACACAGCUACUUUUCAGUCCAUCUGCGUUACUUCCAAGAGGGACUGUAUUAAAGAGGAACCGCAACGGAUCCCGAACGAACCGGAAUCAUCGCCGGCUUCGUCUUCUCACGGCUCUCCCUCGGUCCCUCUCAGCCCGCCAGCUCAGCCCUCUAUCCUCGCCACACUUUUGGCUCGCAAGAAGUCCGUAGUGACCGUCCCAGCCGCUAAGGAGGUCAGCCCGCCGCAAAGAGGAACCAGCCGGCCCUCUCCCGACCGGCUCCUGUACACGCCCCACUCUCCCUUUCACCUUUUCUCCUACGACAUCGACGAAGAGCCGUCUCCGAGCAAAUCUAAAGACGACUCGCCCAAAACGACGCCUCCCAGGAACAACGGCUUUACGGCGUACCCAUCUGUGAGCACCCCGCCGACGCCCACGAGGCCGGCGUUGGGAGGCCUCCUCUCGUCUUCGUACCGUCAGCAUCAGGAGUCUUUGGCGGCGGAGCGAGAGAGGAGGCGCGUGGAGCGAGAGGAGCGUUUGCAGAGGAUCGAGCGAGAGGAGAGGAACAAGCACAGCCGCGAUUAUGUGGAUAAAAUGGAAGAAGCUCGGCUGGCACGAGAGGAGAGGUACAAAAACGUGGAGCGACUUGCGGCUGAGGAGUUUGAGAGGGAGCACGUCAAGCCGUCGAGAACUCGCCCCAACUUUGACCUGACCUUUGAACCUUCGGAGGCGUGGCCCGCAUCGUCGCGCAGCAGCACCCCGUCCUCCUUCACCUCCCAGGACGACGCGGAUAUCGAAACAGAAGCUCCUGCCCCCUACAGGCCGGCUGAAGACACUGGUGAAGCCGACGACUCCAGCGCCAGCGUAGAAGAAGCAGAAGAAAGAGAAGCCGAGGUCCCCGCCGAAGAAGAGGAGGAGCAGAAAGGAGAGGAAGAAGAAGAGGCAGAGGAGGCGCAGGAAGUGGAGGAGGAGGAAAAGGAGCAGAUCGAGGUGCAGCCAGAACCAGAACAAGACGAGGAAGAGCGGGAAGAGGCAGCGGAAGAAGAGAAGGAAGAAGAAGAAGUCGUAGAAGCAGAAGUGACGGAGGAGUGUGAGCCGGAGCCGCAGGAGCCGGGGGAGGACACCGGGAUCCUCAGCGACAAAGAACGACAGAAUGAAGAAGUGAAUGAGAAAGACAACUGCUCCGCGUCCAGCAUUUCCUCAGCCAGCAGCACUUUGGAGCGAGAGGAGCGAGCCAGUAAUGACGACGGCUUUAAGGAGCCAGAGGUGAAGGAGCCCUGCACCAAACUUCUCGACAGUAAACUCUUCAUGCUCGAUAUGCUUUACUCUCAUAACAAGAAGCCCAGUGAUGAAGAGGAGGAAGAGGAGCUGGGACGAGAAAAGGGAGAAAAGGAGGAUAAGGACAGUCACGAGGAGGUGGACAGUCACAGACAAGAGACUCAGGACAGUGACAACAGACACGAGCCGUGUGAGCGCGGCAGCAUCCGGGCGUUUGCAGAGCGAUUUGGAGACUUGGUGAAGGACUUGAGUUCACCUCACGCGCUACGAGAAACAAUAAACGAGCCCCCUCCUCCACCUCCUCCUCCACCCAAAAAAGAAUCAGACACAAUCUGGGACCAGCUGCUGGCCAGCCCCCGAGAGCUGCGCAUCGGAGACAUCAGCUUCACCGACCUGACGGACGACGACGAUAAGAACGUUCUGGACGCUGCUUUGAUGGGCGGCUGUGGAGACAUGCCCCCUCCGCCCCCGCCUCCACCUUUCAUUCCACGCUUUCCUCCACCUCCGCCUAUACUGGGGUGUGGUCCUCCACCUCCUCCUCUGCUGGGCAUCAUGAGACCUCCUCCUCCUCCCAUGUUCAGUGCACCAGCGCCCCCUGCAGCCCCAACGACAGAACAACCGCUUUUCAACAAGAAGAAGAAAACCAUAAGGCUGUUCUGGAGCGAGGUCCAUCCAAACGAGUCUCACUACAGCCACAAAUGGAGGGGGGACUCGUUCUGGUCCAAGCUGGACGACGUAAAGGUGGACACGGGGAAACUGGAGCAUCUGUUUGAGUCCAAGUCUAAGGAAAUGGCCGUAACAAAAAAAACUGCAGCAGAUGGAAAACGAACAGAAAUAAUUGUACUGGACUCAAAGAGAAGUAACGCCAUCAACAUCGGGCUCACAGUUCUGCCUCCGCCUCGCACCAUCAAAACCGCCAUUCUGAACUUUGAUGAAUACGCACUUAACAAAGAAGGAAUCGAGAAAAUCCUGACGAUGAUUCCGACGGAGGAGGAGAAGCAGAGGAUCCAGGAGGCGCAGUUGGCAAACCCAGACCUGCCUCUGGGGUCAGCGGAGCAGUUCCUCCUGACGCUGUCGUCCAUCAGUGAACUCUCAGCCCGGCUCCAGCUCUGGGCCUUUAAAAUGGAUUAUGAAGCAACGGAGAAGGAAGUAGCUGAACCGCUGCAGGACCUAAAAGAAGGAAUGGAGCAGUUAGAGAAAAACAAAACGCUCCGGUCCAUCCUCUCCACUCUGCUUUCAAUCGGGAACUUCCUGAAUGGGAGCAGCGCUAAAGGCUUCGAGCUGACGUACUUGGAGAAAGUUCCUGAAGUAAAGGACACAGUACACAAACAGUCGCUGCUGCAUCACGCCUGCUCCAUCGUGGUGGAGAACUUCCCUCAAAGCACCGAUCUCUACUCCGAGAUCGGCGCCAUCACAAGGACAGCAAAGGUGGAUUUCGAUCAGCUGCAGGAGAAUCUGUGCCAGAUGGAGCGGCGCUGCAAAGCAUCAUGGGACCAUCUGAAGGUGAUCGCCAAACACGAGAUGAAGCCUCAGCUCAAGCAGAAGAUGUCCGACUUCUUAAAAGACUGCGCAGAGAGAAUAAUCAUACUCAAGAUAGUUCACCGCAGAAUCAUCAACAGGUUCCAUUCGUUCCUGUUGUACCUGGGCCAGCCCGCCUACAGCAUCCGAGAGAUAAGUGUCCACAGGUUUAGCAAAAUACUGAGCGAAUUUGCACUAGAAUACAGGACGACCCGAGAGCGAGUGUUACAACAGAAGCAGAAGCGAGCCGACCACCGCGAGCGAAACAAAACCAGAGGAAAGAUGAUCAUGGACGUCAACGCUCCUUCUGAGGAUGAAGAGGAGACUGAGUGCGGUCGACGCAGCUCCAGCGCCGGGAUCAGUAACAGCGGCCCGAGCCUCAGUCAGGACAGCGAGCAGCCUCAAGGCCUCGGACACGCCGAAGACGCCGCCGAACACGAGCACAUGAAGGCCGUCCUCAGAAACAGUCUCAGUGGAGGAGACAAGGAGGCGAGCGCCGUACCAGGACUACGGACACGCACACGCUCCCGGCCCGGGCGCGGAGGUCGCACCAUUCAGGCUCGGAGCCCCGCCAUCGAGGACACGCAGGUCACAGGAGAAGACGCCGCCGACGAGAUCAUGGAGCGAAUCGUGAGGUCGGCCACGCAAGGUCCGUCUGCACGAGCCCAGCCCCGAGAGAGGAGGAGGUCCAGGGCCAACCGCAAAUCUCUGCGACGGACGUUGAAAAGUGGUUUGACUCCAGAAGAAGCUCUGGCUUUAGGAUUAGUUGAUUCUCCAGAGCCUCCAGUUUGAUGAUCCGCUCUUCACCGGGUUCAGGGCGGCUCCGUCUCUGUUUGUCUGCAUCUGUCGGCUCGUCCUCACAGACUCAGAAUAACAGAAUAACCCCACAAUACAAACCAUCAUAUCAGAUAUUCAGAAUAUCUGGAGUACGGUCAUUGAAAUAUUAAUAAAAUUGUUUUUUUUUUUCAUAAAUUAUACAGUACAAUAUUUAUAAUGCAACUUUUUUAUUUUAAGCUGUGAAUUUGAAAUAAGACGAAAACUAAAAAAGGAUUUAAAACUAUUCAGCACCUGUUUAUUAGAAUUUAGUUUUUUAAAAGAAUGUGGUGGUUUUCAGUGCCUUUACAUUCAAAUACAUGACACCUCCAUCACACAGAACCAUCAGAACCAUCCAGAACCUGCUCCGGUCACACCAGAGCCGUCCCACGUCCUCUUGUGGUCAUUUAUGGUCAGUAUAUUGUCUGUAUGUGGUGGACACCAGACAUUUGCCUAAUUGUUCUAUUUAUUUGUGAUUUGAAGAUAGUGUUUUGUCUUCAGUUGUGUGGAUUAUUGCACCUUACUCUCAUGUUUGACUCACAGUGAGAGGUAAAAUCAAAGACAAAAUAUGUUUUACAUAAACUGUAAAGUGUAAAAGUUAAAGACUUCGACAGUUUGAGGACAACCACAGAUCUGAAACGUGUACAUGUGUAUGUGUACCUGUGUACUAGCGGUACACAGGUACACAUGUGUACCUGUGUACUAGCGGUACACAGGUACACAUGUGUACCGCUGGAGUGACUGUAUCAGCAUGUUUAGCGUGUUCAGGUUGUGUAUUUUUGUAAUUUCUGUAGAAAUUUGUAUUAUAGUCUGGUCACGCUGUUCUGUGAACUGUAUUUAAAAUGAAAUACUUUUGCUUAAAUGUUUUUGCUCCAAGGACACAGCUGGAUUUGUACUGAACACAGUGGUCACUUUAUACUUUGUAUUGACUUGAAAAGAUUAGGGGACAUUUUGGAUCAUGUGUCAUACAGAGCAGUGUCCUCAGUAUGCAGCCUGUUACACUUACAGUGUAUUCACUUUCUGCAAUAAAAAAGUAAAUAUAA